UCUUUUAUAAUGUUCAUCUGUGCUGUAUAAAAUGUUCUAACACCAAAGUCGCAGAACUUAUUAUCUCAAGUCCUAAACAUGCAUGGUUUAAAACAUGGAAAGAUUUUACUUGGCUACCAGAAGCUAAUUCGGUCAAGUAUUGGUCGUAAUAUCUUAUGCUCGAGGUGCAUUUCAACUCUUCAUUCUAUUUUCCCAAAGCACGAAAACUUUGCUAUAAGACACAAUGGACCUAGCAAAGAGCAGCAAGAACAAAUGCUUAAAGCCAUUGGUGUCAAGGACACCGAAGACAUGAUAAAUCAAACCAUACCAAAACAAAUAAGAUUAGGGAAGGAUCUGGAUCUAGAGGACACUGUUUGUGAAAAUGAAAUUCUUGAUCGUUUGAAUUUGAUAGCAAAACAAAACAGAUGUGAUUGGAGAUCUUUUAUUGGAAUGGGUUAUUAUAAUUGCUCUGUUCCACGAACUAUUGUUCGAAACAUGCUGGAAAACCCUGGAUGGUCCACACCUUACACACCAUACCAACCUGAAUUAGCCCAAGGAAGACUUGAAAGUUUAAUUAACUAUCAGACAAUGGUUGUGGAUAUGACAGGGCUUGACAUUGCCAAUGCGUCUUUACUUGAUGAAGCAACUGCGGCAGCCGAAGCAGUUUCGCUUUGUUUCCGUCACAACAACAGACGAAAGUUUUAUGUGGACGAGAAAAUUAAUCCUCAGGCUUUAGAAGUAGUUCGAACUCGCGCACAGUUAAUUGGGGUUGAGAUCUUUGUUGAGAACAUUGAGAGGAUGGAUUUCAGUUGUCGUGACUUCAGUGGUGUGCUGAUACAAUACCCCAACACUGAGGGAAGAGUGUUUGACUUUUCCCAUGUAAUUGAAGAUGCCCAUACACAUGGGUCUCUGGUGGCUUGUUCCACGGACCUGCUUGCACUUGCACUUCUAAAAUCACCUGGUGAAUUAGGUUGUGAUGUGGCAUUGGGUAGCAGCCAGAGGUUUGGUGUCCCACUUAACUAUGGUGGACCUCAUGCUGCUUUCUUUGCUGUAAGAAAUGACCUCAAAAGACUAAUGCCCGGCCGCGUGGUAGGGGUCACAAGAGAUGCCCAUGGUAAAAAAGUGUAUCGCCUCGCAUUACAAACAAGAGAGCAGCACAUUCGUCGAGCAAAAGCGACAUCUAACAUAUGCACAGCUCAAGCACUACUUGCUAAUAUGUCCGCCAUGUUUGCUGUGUAUCAUGGACCUGAAGGAAUCAAACAUCUGGCAAACAGAGUCCAUAACGCUGCAUUACUACUUGCACAUGGUAUACACAAAGCUGGCCACUACCUUGUGCAUUCUGACUUCUUUGAUACAAUCAUGGUACACAUGACAUCAGGGGUGCAUGAUAUUUACCGAAGGUCUGGAGAGAAGAAAAUUAACCUUAGAAUUUACAAUGGUUGUAAGAUUGGUGUAGCGUUGGAUGAGACCGUAGUGGAACAUGAUUUGGACGAUUUACUUUAUGUGUUUGGUUGUGAACAAACUGCAGCUGAAUUAGCUGCAGAACUUGGUGGGAAACUUGAAGGCCAUCUUAGUGAAUCUCCACUUAGAAGGAAAACCGACUUUUUGACGCACCCCAUAUUUCAUAAAUAUCGCUCUGAGACAAACAUUGUUCGAUAUAUGAAGAAAUUGGAGAACAAAGAUGUCUCUCUUGUUCAUUCUAUGAUACCACUUGGUUCAUGUACCAUGAAGUUGAAUGCUACAGCAGAGAUGGAACCAAUAUCUUGGAGGGAGUUUGCUAAUAUUCAUCCUUUUGUUCCUAUUGACCAAGCAAGGGGAUACCAGGAGCUAUUUAAGGAGCUUGAACGAGACUUAUGUGAAAUCACUGGGUACGAUAGUAUCUGCUUCCAACCGAACAGUGGAGCACAGGGUGAAUUCACUGGACUUGCAGCAAUUAGGGCUUACCACAAAUCUAUUGGAGAAAACCAGAGGUCAGUUUGUCUCAUUCCUACCUCUGCACACGGCACCAACCCAGCCUCUGCACAAAUGUGUGGCAUGAAAGUGGUGCCAGUGAAAGUGGACAAGUCCGGUUCAGUGGAUUUAUUGGACCUACAAAAGCUGGCACACAAGUAUGCUGCUAACCUGUCAGCCAUCAUGCUAACCUACCCCUCCACUAAUGGUGUAUUUGAAGAAGGGAUUCGAGAAACAUGUGAUAUGAUUCAUGAACUUGGCGGGCAGGUGUAUGUGGAUGGAGCUAAUAUGAAUGCACAGGUUGGUCUAUGCAGACCUGGUGACUAUGGUAGCGAUGUAUCCCAUCUCAACUUACACAAGACCUUCUGUAUACCCCAUGGGGGUGGGGGGCCUGGUAUGGGACCUAUAGGGGUCAAAAAGCACCUGGUACCCUUCCUACCCACUCACCCUGUGGUGCCACCACCUGGAUCCUUAGUUUCAGAUGCUCGGCCACUAGGUGUAGUAAGCGCUGCACCGUGGGGCUCUGCUUGUAUUCUUCCUAUCUCGUGGACUUAUAUUAAGUUAAUGGGAGCUAAAGGAUUACGAGAAGCAUCGGAGAUCGCGAUAUUAAACGCAAACUACAUGGCCAAGAGGCUGGAAGGACAUUACAACAUUCUAUACACUGGUACAAAUGGUUUUGUAGCUCAUGAGUUCAUUAUUGAUGUUCGUGGAUUCAAAGCAACAAGUAAUGUAGAAGCUGUUGAUAUCGCUAAGAGGUUGCAGGAUUAUGGGUUCCACGCCCCUACAAUGUCAUGGCCAGUCACCAACACACUAAUGAUUGAACCAACUGAAAGUGAAGAUAAAGAGGAGUUAGAUAGAUUCUGUGACGCCCUAAUUUCAAUAAGAAAAGAAAUCAAAGACAUCGAAGAUGGAAAGGUAGAUAAAGAAAUCAACAUGUUAAAGAUGGCACCUCAUACAUUGGAAAGUGUAUCCGCAGAUAACUGGCAACAACCAUAUACUCGUAAACAAGCUGCUUUCCCAUUGCCGUAUCUCAAACCUGAUGACAAAAUGUGGCCAUCUACUGGUAGAAUUGAUGAUAUUUAUGGCGACAAAAACUUAUUUUGCACCUGUCCUCCCAUGGAGGCCUAUGAAGAGGAAGAAGAAUAAAUCCUUCAAGAUUUGGAUUUACGUAUCCUGACGUCUGCGUUAGAUUGUUGCACAGUCAGCGUUGUAAAAAGCAUUGGUUUAUUUAUUGUUUGAGUUUGUUAUUUUUUCAUUCUCAGCUCUACAUAAGGAAUUGUCUGAGUGGUUACUGUGCCUUGUUAUUUACACCACUACAAUUUUACCUUGUAUGUACCAAGUCAUCACCUUUGGUGACCUUUAUACAAAGCAUGCACUAAUCCUAGUUAUUUUGCGCUGCCUCGAGUUCGGUGUUUCAAGUUAACUGAAAACAAAAUAACACAGUAAGAA